GAAGAUAAGAGCUUAGUCCUGAACAAAUCAGUUGCCAUGAAGUUUAAAGUCCCUUUCUGUUUUGGCCUCCUGAUUGUAAUAAAACUUGUCUCCCCAACAGUUUGGACCAAGCUCCACUCCUCAAGACUUCUGCCCUGCUCUGCCUCUCUUCCUCUGGAAGGGAAUGAAGGAGAGCAGAAAAUAAACGCUUCCUUGCUGGAGGUCAGCUGGCUCCACAAUGGAUUAGUUAUAGCCCUUAUAGCUGGGACCAAUGUCACCCACAUCGAGCAAGGUUUCAGUUUGGAUCAGAGUGCAUUUGCCAAUGGGAACUUCUCACUGACCAUUCAUAAUGCUUCACUCAGCCACCAGGGGAAGUAUGAGUGCAGCAUCACCUACAACAACAGUGAGGUCUACUCCAACAACAUAACAAUCGACAUUACAGCCCCACCCUCCCUUACAAUCCUGUCCACAAGGGUGGUUCUCCAAAGGGAAAGUGUGAUCAAAUGUUUGGCUCAGGGCUUCGCUCCCCCCCUGAUCCACUUCUCCUGGAUGAAAGGUGGAGAAGUGUUGCAGCCUCCCAGUCCGUUCACAGCAGUUAACCUCACCAGCGAGGGCUACUUCUGGGCUGUGAGCAGUCUGACUCUCACUCCCACUGCCAAGGAUAAAUAUGUCAACUUCAGCUGUGCGGUGAGCCAUGCAGCCCUGCAGAAGCCUCUGGCCAUGGAGUUUCCACUCAACAUCACCCAACUCCCCAUUGUCACUCUCUCCACAAUCCCCGCAGACUCACCCUCCUCCCCUCUCACUCUCUCCUGUGACAUUGAAGAAUUUUACCCAGAAGACAUCACUGUCCAAUGGCUCCAGAAUGGCUCCGUUUUGCCUGACCCUCCUUUAGUCCUGCCCAGCCCAGGAGGCACCUUCAGAACCAGACAUUUUCGCACGCUGAACAAAGAGGAGAGGGAGAGGGCUGGGGAGGUCCAGUGUGUGGUAUGGCAGCCUUUUGUUCCUGAACCAGUCUCCGCAACUGUGGAUCUCUUCCUUACCAAUGACGAGGCCACAGUACUGACAAAGUCAGCCAAGGCCUCCGUUGCCCUCAUGAUCAUCUCUCUGGUUUUGGUUUUCUUGCUGUGUUUUGGGUUUUCCUGGAGGAAGAGGGAUGAAAAGCAAAAGUCCCUCAGUGUGUCUGGAAUAAUACUGCCCCCUCGGGUAAUUGUUGGUCAGAAGGGCAGGGUCACUGUGAGUGUGGAGGGCAGGAGGGUAGACAGAGUGCAAACUACCUGGUUCCUCAAUGACAAGCUCAUUUUAGACACCUCCCAAACAGUUACAGAGAAAGGUCCUCUGCUACCCCCAGGUGGAGAAGUUGGAUAUUACAAGCUUCACACACAACGCCCUCUACUCUCAGGAAAUGGCAGCACUCAACAGCUACUUUCCUCCCUAUCGUUCAUCCCUCACAUUUCUAUCCACAAAGGGGCAGUGUUCAAAUGCCAGGUCUCCUAUAUGGGCAAAGACAAAGUGGUGGUGGAAAGAGUGUCAGACAGGUUCACACUGUUGGCUGCUCCUGAAGUAUCUGAGAUUCAACUCACAGAGCCAGCUGAUAGUGCAGGCAUCGUCACUCUCACAGUCCAAGCUUCCGGGUUUCACCCUGACAUCAUCACCUUCCGCUGGUUUUGUCAGGGUGGAGAACUCAGCCCUGUGGCGCCCCCAGCACCCCUCGCUGCCCCUCGACCUGACGCCCAGGGGUUCUUCUCAGCCAUCAGCCAGUGCAAGCUGCCCCGCGCUGAGCUCGAGAGAGGGGAGACCAAAGUGUGGGUGACAGUGCAUCACAUGGCCCUCAAACAGCCAAUCACACGAGAAACCAGAGGAUUCAUAAAGAGGCCUCAUGUGUCAGACAUCAUAUCGUGCCCUGCUGCGUCCACCCACUCCCCUAAAAAUCCCCUGACCCUUGGCUGUGAAGUGACAGGAUUCUACCCACCUGACAUCUCAGUUUCUUGGUGGAGAAUAACAGAGGAACAGAAUGAGGAGCUUGUAGAAUGUGGAGACAUUUGGGGCCCGCUGCUGACUAGUUCCAGCACAUAUCGUGCAACUGCUACUCUGAGGGAGGAAAGGAGUGAGAAAAGGGGAAGUGAAAAGACGAGGAUUGUCUGCAGAGUGAUGCACUGUUCCCUGCAAGAACCAAUUGAGAGACAGUGGCAAAGCAACCAAUCAGAUGCCCCCUCCAUCCCCUCAUCUCUGUCUGUACAGUGGAAGAAGGGGGGGAUUGGAGUGUUUUCUCUCAUUUUAUUGGGGGGCCAUCCCAAAGCCAAACUGUCGUGGGCAGCAGGAGGGGCCACUCUUUCCCCUCUUGUCUCCACGGAGAUUGAGGUUGAAGGGGAAGAUGGGACCCCGGAGCUGAAGAGCGUGUGCACCAUACAGAGAUCCACAGGAAGAGGGGGACAGACUGACAGAUACAUCCACAGCCAGCGGAAUGGGCAUACACACAUGACGGAGGAAAAUUGUGGGGUAGAUGCCAUAGACAUCAUUGAUGAAAAAGGCGAUGGAGAGAUUAAGGUGGAGCCAAAACGCCCUGGAACACCAGCAGUAAAAAGAGCAAGGAGGAGAGACGGAGCGGAUGAAGAGAGGGAGGAAGAAAAAGACAAAGGAAAAGGGAGUGACCUUCCCUGGACAAACACAGUAAAUAUCAGAAGGGAGGAUAAAGGAGUGGAAGGUGAACGUCUAAGAGUGACUGUGGAAAUCACUCACCCAGCCUUUACUCUGCCUAUAUAUCGAACGUGGAUAGAACCUCAGGAAGAAUCAUGAUUUUACACCAGCAAGUACUUUUUGAAAAUUGAAAAUCUCUUCACCAUCACUGCAUCCCCUGCUGUUCACCUGGACGUGAUCAAAUCAAAUUUUCCACUUGAAGUUGGCUAGGCAUUUGUAGACAUGUAUUUAUUUAUUUAUCGACAUUCUUAUUUUCCAGAAAUAAACUAAAAUCUUAAGGUGAAGAUAUAAUAAAGCUGUGAUAUAUAAGUGUGAUUCUGGAAUAAUAUAUUUUUCUUUUUUUAC